AGGAGGCAGAGCUGCAGGGAGACUGAGCCUCCAGCGGGUGCUGCCGCGAGCGGCGGCCGAGGGGGCUGGAAAUGAAAGUAAAGCGCUCCGGAGCCACAUGGAUGGAGCUGCCGGGGCGGCGGCGCCGGGAGCAGGAUGCGGCCGCCCGUAAUUAAAUAGCAUUUACUCUUAUUAUUACUACUAAUAAUAACGUAAUCAUACCUCUAGUCAUAGCAUACCAUUUAUCGGGCUCGGCGCAGGCCCGCGGGGAGCGCAGCCCGGCGGAGAGACUAAUGGAGAGGCAGAAACGGAAGGCGGACAUUGAGAAGGGGCUACAAUUCAUCCAGUCAACACUUCCCCUAAAGCAAGAAGAAUAUGAGGCCUUUCUGCUCAAGCUGGUGCAGAAUCUACUUGCUGAGGGCAAUGAUCUGUUCCGGGAGAAGGACUACAAGCAGGCCCUGGUGCAGUAUGUGGAGGGGCUGAACGUGGCUGACUAUGCUGCCUCUGACCAGGUGGCCCUGCCCCGGGAGCUGCUGUGCAAGCUUCACGUCAACAGGGCUGCCUGCUACUUCACCAUGGGCCUGUAUGAGAAGGCGCUAGAGGACAGCGAGAAGGCACUGGGCCUGGACGGUGAGAGCAUCCGAGCACUGUUCCGCAAGGCACGCGCCCUCAACGAGCUGGGGCGUCACAAGGAGGCCUACGAGUGCAGCAGCCGCUGCUCCCUCGCUCUGCCCCAUGAUGAGAGUGUAACUCAGCUUGGUCAGGAGCUGGCCCAGAAGCUCGGGCUGCGAGUUCGCAAGGCAUAUAAGAGGCCCCAGGAAUUGGAAACAUUUUCUCUGCUCAGUAAUGGCACCGUGGCUGGCGUGACAGAUCAGGGAACUUCCAAUGGAUUGGGGUCCAUAGAUGACAUCGAAACAGACUGCUACGUGGACCUGCGAGGCUCCCCAGCCCUCCUCCCCUCCACCCCCAUGAUGCCCCUGUUCCCUCACGUUCUGGACCUGCUGGCCCCCCUGGACAGCAGCUGCAGGGCCCCCCCUAGCACCGAGAACCUGGAUGACUUCUCAGAUGGGGAUGUCUUUGGUCCUGAGCUGGACAGCCUCCUGGACUCUCUGUCUCUGGUCCAGGGUGGCCUGCCUGGCAGUGGCAUGCCUAGUGAGCUCCCCCAGCUGAUACCUGUGUUUCCCGGCGGGACCCCGCUGCUGCCACCGGUGGUGGGUGGCUCCAUCCCUGUCUCCAGCCCACUGCCCCCAGCCUCCUUUGGCCUUGUCAUGGACCCCUCCAAGAAGCUGGCUGCCUCGGUGCUGGAUGCCCUCGAUCCCCCAGGCCCCACGCUGGACCCCCUGGACCUGCUGCCAUACUCAGAGACCCGGCUCGAUGCCCUUGACAGCUUCGGGUCAGCCCGAGGCUCCCUGGACAAGUCCGACUCCUUUAUAGAGGAGAACAACUCACAGGACCACCGUCCCUCAAGUGGUACUCAGAAACCAGCCCCCUCGCCAGAGCCCUCUAUGCCCAACACCGCCUUGCUCAUCAAGAACCCCUUGGCUGCCACCCACGAGUUCAAGCAGGCCUGCCAGCUCUGCUACCCCAAGACAGGGCCCAGGGCUGGCGACUACACCUACCGUGAGGGUCUUGAGCACAAGUGCAAGCGGGACGUCCUACUUGGCCGGCUCCGGAGCUCCGAGGACCAGACCUGGAAGCGGAUCCGGCCCCGGCCCACCAAGACCAGCUUUGUGGGCUCCUACUAUUUGUGCAAAGACAUGAUUAACAAGCAGGACUGUAAGUACGGGGAUAACUGCACCUUCGCCUACCAUCAGGAGGAGAUCGACGUGUGGACCGAGGAGCGGAAGGGCACCCUCAACCGCGACCUGCUCUUCGACCCGCUGGGGGGCGUCAAGCGUGGCAGCCUCACCAUCGCCAAGCUCCUUAAGGAGCACCAGGGCAUCUUCACUUUCCUCUGUGAGAUCUGCUUUGACAGUAAACCUCGGAUCAUCAGCAAAGGCACCAAGGACUCUCCAUCUGUCUGCUCCAACCUGGCUGCCAAGCACAGCUUCUACAACAACAAGUGCCUGGUGCACAUCGUCCGCUCCACUGCCCUCAAGUACUCCAAGAUCCGCCAGUUCCAGGAGCACUUCCAGUUCGACGUGUGCCGCCAUGAGGUGCGUUACGGCUGCCUGCGUGAGGACAGCUGCCACUUUGCCCACAGCUUCAUCGAGCUCAAGGUCUGGCUGCUGCAACAGUACUCAGGCAUGACCCACGAAGACAUCGUUCAGGAAUCCAAGAAGUACUGGCAGCAGAUGGAGGCCCACGCAGGCAAGGCCAGCAGCAGCUUGGGUACCCCACGAGCACACGGGCCCAGCACCUUCGAUCUGCAGAUGAAGUUUGUGUGUGGCCAGUGCUGGAGGAACGGGCAGGUGGUAGAGCCCGACAAGGACCUCAAGUACUGCAGUGCCAAGGCCCGACACUGCUGGACUAAGGAGCGUCGGGUCCUUCUGGUGAUGUCCAAAGCCAAGAGGAAAUGGGUGUCAGUGAGGCCACUGCCAUCCAUUCGCAACUUCCCACAGCAAUACGAUCUCUGCAUCCACGCGCAGAAUGGCCGCAAGUGCCAGUACGUGGGGAACUGCUCUUUCGCACACAGCCCCGAGGAAAGGGACAUGUGGACAUUCAUGAAGGAGAACAAGAUCCUGGACAUGCAGCAGACUUAUGACAUGUGGCUGAAAAAACACAACCCUGGGAAGCCUGGAGAAGGGACCCCAAUCAGUUCUCGGGAAGGAGAGAAGCAGAUCCAGAUGCCCACGGAUUACGCGGACAUCAUGAUGGGCUACCACUGCUGGCUCUGCGGCAAGAACAGCAACAGCAAGAAGCAGUGGCAGCAGCACAUCCAGUCUGAGAAGCACAAGGAGAAGGUCUUCACGUCCGACAGCGAUGCCAGCGGCUGGGCCUACCGCUUCCCCAUGGGCGAGUUCCGACUCUGCGACAGGCUCCAGAAGGGCAAGGCCUGCCCGGACGGGGACAAGUGCCGCUGCGCCCAUGGACAGGAGGAACUCAACGAGUGGCUGGACCGGCGUGAGGUGCUGAAGCAGAAGCUGGCUAAGGCUCGAAAGGACAUGCUUCUGUGCCCGCGGGAUGACGACUUUGGCAAAUACAACUUCCUGCUGCAAGAGGAUGGGGACACUGCUGGUGCCACCCUAGAAGCCCCUUCUACUGCUGCCACCACUGGGGAAUAGGGCCAGGUCUUGGGCCAUGGGUGAAGUCCUGGGGUUGGGGGUGGGGGUGGGGACAGAGGGCCUGAUAGAAGGGCCAGGGCAGGCAGCUGGGGGUGGGGGCCGCCCUCCUCAGGCAGUCCCCAGCCCCCGGGGGGCCCUGGCCAUCCUCUCUGCCUCCAUGCCCCAGUGUGCAUACCCAGGGGCACAUGCUGCAGUCUCCAGGUUCCUGGGGUCCUUGUCCUGCUGAAACCUGGGCAGACUCUCCCCCACCCCCACGCCUCUCCUGGUUGGGGAAAGAGGGGCUUGGCCACCCCUCCGGCUUCAGCCUACAGCUUUAACUUCUGUCUGCUCCUAAAGGGGCCCAAAGCUCAGGGCUGGGGAGCCUGGGGUCCCCACUUGAAUCUGCAGCAGGAGGGUCCUUCUCCCUGUCUCCCCAGGGAGGGCAGAUCAGGACACAGGAGGGCAAGAUGCCCUGAUUAGCUUUAAAAUGCAGCCCCAGGAUGGAGCUGGGGAUACUGUAUUGGUCACUUCCCUCUCGGGACUUCAGUUUCCCCUAUGGUUAGAAGAGUGGGAGGAGUAGGCUAGGUGACCUCAGAGGCUGAGUAAGGAGUCUAGGGCUUGUUUAUGAGCUGCCACCCCAGCCCUGCUCCUGGCCAGUGAAUGUAGAUUGUAAGUCCUCAGCACUGGCAGACAUGACCCAGCCCAAACCCCAUUUUAUAGAUAGGAAAACUGAGCCUUAGAAGGAAAGAGUGAUCUGCCCAGGCUCCCAGUAUGAAGCUGAGCUGGAAUGAAAACAGUGGUCAAAAACUCCAUGCUAGUUGUUGGCUGAAGCCUUAGGCUUUUCAGUGGGGUUGUGACAGUCUCCGCUUCAGUGUGCAGCUGAGGUCCCAGAUAGCGCCGCCCAGGGCCUGGGGAGGGAGGCCCAGAGGAGAGCCGGGCAUGUCAGCUCCUGUGGAGGGACAGUCCCCUCCUGGGGACUGUCAUGGGGAGUACAGCAGCAGAUAGUACUUGGCAUGUCCACCCCAGGAGAGGUGACAAAGGGCAGGGCACUGUUAGCUCAGGUUCUAAGUGAGGUAUAGGGGUUGGGCGGGGGGGGGGACUGGAGGAUGUGGAGAAAGAGGGGCUUGACCUUUGAUACUAUAGGCCACCCCAGGUGGGACUCAGCCCCUUUCUUGGGGAUCCAGCCAGCACGAUCCUUUCCCCUCGACCAAGACAUGGUGACGACCAUCUGUCCCAGGCCCUCCCUGGUCCCCAGCUGUGCCUGGGACGCCAGCUGACCACCAGCCCCUGCCCCUACCUAUCAAGGCCCCUCUGUCCCCCGUCUGAUGUGUCUGUGUGCACCUUCUCCUCCAAUACACCCCCCGGGCAGACCCAACUUCCCCUGUCUCCCCUGACAUUCCAGAUGCCCCACACCAUUGGCACAAGGAGUGAGGCAGCCCCGGAAGAAACCAGGGACCAAGGCUGGGGGGUGAGACAGAGAGAAAGGAACGUCCCAUCCUUCUCCAUCAAGGAUUGAGAUGUGUGCUGACAGUGACCGGGCCUGGGGUUGUAGAGAGCCCGCUCCUCUGGCACCACUGCCUGACCCUUCCCAAUAAUUGUGGCAUGUACCCUUCUCUCUUCCCUGCCCCCACAGGCCAGCACUGCAGAGCUUGGGUGCUGGCGGCAUGGCUGGAGAGGAGGAGAAAGCACCCCAAGUGGGGGUCAUGGCCGUGAGUGUCGACGAUACUUGUUUUCCCUGGUCUGUGGUGUUGCAGUUUGUUGUCGCCAGCCUUGUUUUUAGCGUGUAUAUAUGUCACCCCCGUGAUGCAUAUAUACACAGGUAUUAAAUAUAUCGCUCUAUAUAAUACUAUAUAUGUGUGUGGUAUCCACGGAAUCACUUCUAAUGAAGGCUAAAGAUAAAGAAUUUGGCUAGAAAAUGCAGCCAUCCUUGUGUGAUUUGGAGGGGCUUCUGGGGUCAUUGGGCUAUUUGUGAAGGAGGCAGGGACUUGAGCCGUGGCUUGGAGGUGAUAUGGGCCCAGCUCUGCCUGAUAGCUUCCCAGACCCCCCACUCUAGCAGGCAGAGAGCAGGGGUGCUCAGGGAAAGAGAGCAAUUUGUAUUUUUCUCUCUCCAAAGGAAUAGGAUUAGUGUAGAGUUUUCAUCUUCAGCCUGUCAUCUGUCUAGGGGGCUUUGGGAUCUGGGGCUUCUCCUCCUGGCCAGAGCUGGGCCUCCAGGGGGCAGGGCAGGAAGCUGGGGAUAAAGAAGAUACUUUUGAUAUUGAGGGUAACUAUGUUGUGAUCCCUCUAGGGCCCCUGGUUGGGAGGCUCAGAGCAUUGAAACAGGACCUGUGCCCACCCCAAGCAGGCUGGGACAGGAUGGCAUGGUGAGCGGAGUGGGAUAGAGUGGGGAGGGAUGCUGCAUUUCUCAGCUGAGUAGUAAUCAAUUUAAUGGUCCUUUUAAAAUGUCUGUGUAUUAAAAAUUUAAGAAUACCACACUUAAAUAUUCAUAAGGUCUAGUAUCUUGAUAAUAAUGUAGAUGUUUUAAUAACAAUUUUUGUUCUUCUUAAAAUAAAAUGAAAGAAACCUACUUCUUUUAGCGUUUGUUCUAGAAAAUAAACUUGUGCGCUUUGA